UCCGUUGUAAUGUUCACGAAACGUCGGUAAUGACGGAAUACCUCGCGAUGUGUGAAGAGCCUUUUUUUCUUUUUUCUUGAUGAUUAUUCUGGUUGACGAGUAGAUGAGUCAGGGGUUUGACGAAAAACUUGGAAUACGUGAUGUUGUCACAAGGUUUUGGCGUUCUGGAUGUGCAUCAGGUGCGUCCACUGAGAGCAAACUGGCGCGCAUCAUAUGGCAAAUAAAAGAUGAACACCACGAGGAUAUCCCAGCAACCAAUGGCGAGUCAUCGUCGGCAGGUUGACGCUUGCGCGCAUGCUGAAGACACCAGACGUGGAUUUGUCCCCUGAUCGAUUUGUAAAUUUCUCUUCGUCGAAUGUCGGGUGGAGCCACGUGACACCGAGUUGCAUUUACAUUUCGCUUUUCUCUAGCUGGCAAGUCCUUGAGGUCUUGUUAAGUGAGGUUAGGUUGACCCGGUGUUUGAACGUUGUCGGGAUAUUACCGAGAAAAUUCGGUGGUUGGGGCUGUUGAACUCAUUGGAGAGGAUUGGAACUCAUUUUUCGGUGUCAUAAGGCUAGGAGCACGUGGGGCAUGAGAGAAGUCGAGUUGAUAACAUUGAUCUGGUUUUUUUGGAGUGAGACUUUUGAGGUCUGUUUUUUAAGAGAGAGAUGAUUGUCGCGAGUGUUGGAAUGAGCCUGCUGAAGGGGAGAUCUUGGGUGAAUUUAGGCGGGGGUGUCAGCACGAUUUUACUUUCAGGGGAGAAAUUUUCGGGUUUGGGGAGAUUGUGGCGGAGCUGGUCCAGUGAUUCAAAUGAUAAAAGUGCAAAAAUGACUGACAAGUUGAAAACUAUUCAGGGAAAUCCUCUGGGGGUGCAGUUCAAAAAGAGACCCCUCAGGAGGAAAAGACUCAUUUCGGAUGAUGAAGAUUUGAAUCAGCCAGGUUUCUGGAGUGUUAAAGCCCUGGCGACAGCUGAGGAGUACCACCUGGAGACUUUGAUGAAAGGACUAGUCAGUCAGGACUUGUAUUUGCCGAAAAAAAUCAACACUUCCGGAAAAUCACUGCCAGAUGUAAUCCACGCUGUGCCAAAGUACGAAAUAGACCAUGAAGUCAAAGAAAUAUACUUUUUUCGUGAGGGUACGGUAGUAAUGUGGAACAUUCCCGACUUGGAAAGUGGUAAUCUCCUUCAAUUCCUAAAGUCAUACGAGGACAGCAGUUACGCCCCAACACUGGUGCACUCCGAGAGCGAAAUGAUGUCUUACACGUAUACAGAAGCCCAGAAACGUAGUCACUUGAAGGACGGAGAUAUCUAUUUGGCACUGGAUGCCAGCAGUUUGGAUAAAUACACAUUUUCAAAUGCUAUAUCACAAUCAGUGAAGCUCGGAAUAUGGGAGGCAUCCCUGGAGGCUUACAUCGACUCCAUAGAAUUUGUCACUGAGGACUUGAAGGCUGGGAGGAAAAUUAGAAUGACUAGAGAGGAGGUUUUGAGAAAACAGGGAGAAUUAUUCGCACUAAGACAUCGUAUUAAUCUCAGUUCGGAUUUACUUGAUACACCGGAUUUUUACUGGGAGAAUGAUGAACUGGAGACACUUUAUCAGCAGACGUGUGGCUAUUUCAGUAUUGCGAAACGCACAAGGGUAAUGAACGAAAAAAUAAAUCACUGUGUAGAGCUAGUGGAGCUUCUCUCCUCUCAUCUGAGCGAUCGACACCACGUCAGACUAGAAUGGAUGAUUAUUGUUCUCAUCAUGGUGGAGGUUGCUUUCGAAACGCUUCAUUAUCUCGAUCGUUAUCUCGGCAACGAUGAGGAAUCUGCGGUAGCAGUGACUAACAUCGUAACCUGAAUCCAAUUGUAGCUCCUGAAAAAAGUGCAGCAGCCAGUGGGGCUCGAGGUCAGGCGAAGAGGACUGCAAAAAGAGACUGGAGCAAGCAAUACAUGGGGGUCCAAUGUACAAACCGUUGCACACGUCAAAGAAAUCUUCACAGGUCGCUGAAUGGAAUAGUGGAGUGUCUGAGGGUGAACGGAAGGGCCGGGAGAGUCGGGGUGAGGGGAGAGACUAUCCGGAGUACUAGUUCUAUUCAAAUGAGCCUUACGUGGGGGUCACUGUGACAAUGAGAUUUAAUUUCCGUAUUUUAUUUUUUGCCUCAUCUCUUUUAACUGGGCCUUCACCGGCAAUUCAAUUUCAAUGGAUAAAAAGCGCAACAUUGCUAAUACCACUUGCCAAUUUGCCUUUUGUUUUGAGAGGAAGUGAGACCGACGGGGAGUGAGAGAGAAUACCUAUUUGAAAAAAAAAUCUGCAGGUGAUUUUUUCCUUGUGAGCAGAGAAAAACUGUAUGCACAUUAUUGGAAAUGGAUUAUUUGAAAUAAUUAUUCUGUAAAUAAUUGUAACUAUUUUUCUACUUUAUUAUUUAAGUCAAAUAAUUGUGCUCGGAAGACACAUUCGCUCUGUACCGACUCCUUACAGGAAUUAACUAGAUUUACAAAGGGAAACAACACCCUGGACCUUUUAACACCAUACCUCAACCUUCUCAGAAUUCCAAUCCAUAAAAAUGUUUUUCAAUUUAAAGUAUAAACACUCAGAAGAAAAUGAGUUUGAUUUUU